AUGUCAAAACGAAAAAAAUUUUUUUCUGAACUAUUUUCAAUCAAAUCUCUUGGGAGGGUAUGUUUUUUUUACUUGACUACUUCAGCAAUCACACGUCAUAUUGGAGAAAUUAUAAUAUGUAAAGGUUCAUCUAUGGAACCAACCAUUUCUUCUGGUGAUAUUGUUAUAGGUGAAAGGUUAACACUAAAAUAUGGUAAAUUAAGAACUAAUGAUAUAGUUGCUUUGAUUGCUCCAAAUGAUUCAAAGUCACUUCUUUGUAAAAGAAUCACUCAUAAAGAAUUUGAAAAAGUUGAAAACUGCCCAUUUGUAUAUAAAAAUAUUUUACCUAAAGGAUUUUUUUUUGUUCAAGGAGAUAAUAGAGCAGUCAGUUCUGAUUCCCGACAUUUUGGACCAGUACCUGAAGGUCUUAUUGACGUAAAAUUAGCUUUAAGAAUUUGGCCAUUAAAUAAAAUUGGAUGGUUAUCAGAUCGUUGGUUCUGGGAAUGA